AUGGCCACAACCACAACUCCGGCCUCUCAUGGCCGCGAGGAUCCAACAUUCCGCAACUACUCCGCCGCGGCAGCACAGACGUACCUCAAGAAUCGACGAGGGUACAGCGAGAACAUCAUCAACCUCGUCAUCGACCAGCACAAGUCGACGGGAGGCUACUUUGACAUACUGCUCGAUGUUGGCUGUGGUCCUGGCCAGGCGACUAGAGCUCUAGCACCUCAUUUCGAGCAUGUCAUCGGCGCGGAUCCCGGUCAGAGCAUGAUCGAGACGGCAAAAGGUGUCGAAGGCCUCACCAAGAGUGGCGAGUCCAUCACAUACGAAGUAUCCGGAGCCGAAAAUCUCAGCAACCUCUCCGCUCUCAAGGAGUACUCCUCGCAAGGCCAAGAAUGCGUCGACCUCAUCACAGCAGCAACAGCAGCCCACUGGUUCGACAUGCCCAGAUUCUGGGCCCAAUGCGCGAAAAUCCUCAAACCCGGUGGCAGCGUCAUCAUCUGGGCGGGAUCAGGCUAUACCUGUAAUCCCAACACCACUCCCAACGCUGCUAGACUGCAUGAUUUCUUGACUAAAUUCGAGACCGAAAUCCUGCAGCCCUACGAAUUACCAGGAAACCGUCUAACUCGAGAGUUCUACGUCGAUCUCGGAAUGCCCUGGGAGAUCCUGGCCAAAGACUCCGACACCUCCACCUCCACCUCCACACCCCUCGACGAACAAACCCGCACCGCCCUCCAAUCCUUCCCAGAAUCCCAAUAUAAACGCCACGAAUUCAACAGAGACGGCUACGUGUCCCCUGGCCAACACUUCUUCAGCGGGGAGCGACGCGCCACAUUCGAGCAGAUCAAAGCCACGCUGGGCACCGCGAGUCCCGUGACGCGAUGGAGGGAAGCGCAUAGGGAACAGGUGGAGAAAGGGGAGGUGGAGGAUAUUAUGGAUAUGUUGGUGAGGAGGAUGGGGGAGAUUAUGGGGGAGGUUGACGAGGGGAAGGGACGGGAUUGGAUUGAUUCGGGGGGUGGGUUGGUUGUCUUGGUCGUUAAGAAGAUGGGGAAGUAA